CAGUUAAGAGACUCAUUUCAAACACAUCACAGAAUGGGCAGCGUCGACACUUCGAUUCACUCAGCAGCCAGCGGCGCUGCCGCUCAACUGGUAGCUCGCCACGCAGACGAACAGCCACUCAAGCUCUACGCAGGCUGGUUCUGCCCCUUUGUCCAACGAGCCUGGAUGACGCUCGAGGAGAAGAAGAUCCCGUACCAGUACAUCGAGAUCAACCCCUACAAAAAGGAGCCAGACUUCCUCAAGCUGAACCCGCGCGGCCUCGUGCCCACGCUGGGCGUGCCCGUCGACGCCGCGGGGACGCAGCAGAAGCCGCUCUUUGAAAGCUCCAUCAUCAUGGAGUACCUCGACGAGGCGUACGCAGACGAGGCCCAGCACGGCCCUCGCCUGCUGCCGGGGGAUCCGUAUCAGAGGGCCAGGGCGAGGCUGUGGAUCGAUCACGUCAAUUCGAGGAUCAUUCCGGCGUUUUACAAGUUCCUGCAGCACACGCCUGAGAAGGACUAUUCUAUCGACGAGGCACGCGAAGAGCUUCACAAGCACAUCAAGACUCUGGUGGCGGAGAUGGAUCCUGAGGGCCCGUGGUUCCUGGGGAGGGACAUAAGCUUGGUGGACAUAAGCUUGGCGCCUUGGGCGAAGAGGCUGUUUUUGAUCAAUCACUACAAGCCUGGCGGGCUUCAGAUCCCAGGGGAGGGUGGUGAGGGGAAUGUGUGGACGAGAUGGAGCUCGUGGAUGAAGGCGAUUGAGGAUCGGCCAAGCGUCAAGAAUACAUGGAGCGAGGAGGACAAGUAUAUCGAGGUGUACAAGAGAUAUGCAGAGGACACGACGAAUUCGCAGGUGGGACAGGCGACACGUAAGGGAACCAAGCUUCCAUAG